AUGAGCGAACAUGGGCUGCGUAGGGAAUUACAAUGUGCUGUGGAUAAUCUACAAAUCAUCCCUCAGGUAGUGAUGUUGAUGACCUUCCCCGGAGAAAGGAAGUGCCACGCCGAACUGGGAUAUGGAUAUAGUGGCCCCAUAGGGUCUGCAGCACUUGGAGGUGGUCUUCACAGUGCCGGACUAGGAGGUGGUCUUCACGGUGCCGGACUAAGAGGUGGUCUUCACGGUGCUGGACUUGGAGGUGGUUUUAAAGGUUCUCUCGGCGCUGGACUCGGAGGGAGCAUUACUGGGGCCUUUGGCCCUGGACUUGGAGCGGGUCUUAAAAGUUCUCUCGGUGCUGGACUUGGUAGUUCAGCUGGUGUUCUGAAGGGAGGCUACGCCCCUCCAGUUUACGGAGCUGCUCAUGGAGUUGCAACAGGUUACAGUGUAUUCAACUUGGGUGCUCCAUUGGUUGGUUAUGGCGGUGGCCCCACACUAGGUCAUAGUGGUCUUGGAGGCGUUACAGCUGGUGGAUUGGUAGGUGGGCAUGGUGUAAGUGGUCUUGGCGUUGGUUCUCUGGGCGGUGUUGAAUCAAAUAGUUUAUCUUGCUCCUUUUUUCAGAAAGUGCUAAUUGUCGUAGUGGCGAGUCUGUUGACCUCCCAGUGCCAAGCUGAAGUGGGAUAUGACUACAGCGGCCCCAUCGGAGGUGGUCUUCACGGCUCACUUGGUGUUGGACUCGGAGGUGGCCUUCAUGGUGCUGGACUUGGAGGUGGUCUUCAUGGUGUUGGACUAGGAGGAGGUCUCAAAGAUUCCAUCGGUGCUGGACUAGGAGGAGGCCUCAAAGAUUCCAUCGGUGCUGGACUAGGAGGAGGCCUCAAAGAUUCCAUCGGUGCUGGACUAGGAGGAGGUUUCAAAGAUUCCUACGGAGCUGGUUUAGGGGGUGGCAUAACAGUCGCCUCCGGUGUCGGACUGGGAGAUGGUCUUCAUGGUACUGGACUAGGAGGUGGUCACAAAGGUGCUCUCGGUGUUGGACUAGGUGGUCACAAAGGUUCUCUUGGACUUGGAGGUGGUCUUCACGGUACUGAACUAGUUGGUGGGCAUAAAGGCUCUCUCGGUGUUGGACUAGGAGGUGGUCUUCACGGUGCUGGACUAGGAGGUGGUCUUCACGGUGCUGGACUAGGUGGUGGUCUCCACGGUGCUGGACUAGUUGAUGGACACAAAGGCUCUCUCGGUGUUGGACUAGGAGGUGGUCUUCACGGUGCUGGACUAGGAGGUGGUCUUCACGGUGCUGGACUAGGAGGUGGUCUUCACGGUGCUGGACUAGUUGGUGGACACAAAGGCUCUCUCGGUGUUGGACUAGGAGGUGGUCUUCACGGUGCUGGACUAGGAGUGGUCUUCACGGGCGACUAG